AUCCAGGCAGGGCACUCAUCGCCUCGCCCACUGGAGGUCGAUGUUACUCAGAGGAGAGGACCAGCCGGCUGGAGCCUGACGAAGCAUUGGCCGCUCACUCUUCAGGAGGCGCUGGAAGCCGUUUGGUUCAUCCCCACGUUCACAGAUUAUCUGCUCAGUGCAGCAGUCCCGUCAGCACCUGAACCGCCGUAAUCCCUUUGGAAAGGGUAUUGGAUAUAUAUAUAUAUAUACACACAUAUAUAUAUUAUAUAUUUAUGGAAUUGGAUACUGCCCUGCUCAAAUCGAAAGGGGACGGUGCGGGACUUAACGAAACAUUUCACAGGCAUCCCUCACAAGAAGAGCCAUGGGUGUGAGCAAAGUGGACAUAAGUAGGCUAUGAUUCCCCGGAAUCCUCUUUAGGAAUGGAGCCGUCUCGGAGGUCUCAGGGACCGCAGGGCUGAAGAAGACGUGUCCUCUGGAUCGCUCUCCUCCUGCAGACCGUUCUGUGGUUUCGUGGCGCAUCGACUCGUUUCCAUUAGUUGUGCGUCGCGCUGCAUGGCUGCACCAUGGCCACGCUAGUGUGCAGGGUCCAGUUCCUGGAUGAUACCGAUCCGUUCAACAGCACCAGCUUCCCCGAGCCCAGCAGACCUCCGCAGUACUCGUUCAGGGAAGAGAUUCCCCUGAUCAACCAGAUCGCUGGAGUUCACCGGCUUCUCAAAGCCCCUCACAAGCUUGAUGACUGCGCCCUCCAGCUGUCCCACAAUGGGAGCUACCUGGACCUGGACUCUACCCUGGCCGAGCAGAGGGACGAGCUGGAGGGCUUCCAGGUGGACGGAGGAGCGGCUGAAUGCCAGGAUACCCUGUGCAGAAGUCGAAGGAGAGGCAAGAAGCACAGCAUCGUGCUGCGCAUGCAGCUGUCUGUCCGAGUCCACGCCUGUAUCGGUGAGUCCGCUGGCUCCGGCACUCUGUCCUCGUCCUGUCCCACCACACAGACCCGGCAGCAUACCUCUCUAUUAUCACCCUCACUGGCCUCAUAUUAUGCUUGUGGUGAAAUAAUGGCUGAUAAUGAGCCCAGAUUGCGGGCCUCAUGGUGACCCUGAGCUGUGAUAACGAGCUGGUGAGGAGGUAAUGGGGUCUCGGACCGUGGUCAGAGACCCCCCCGACCACAGGAUGGGCUGUGAUAGAAGAACAACAGCAGGGGCCAGGGACACAUGCAGUCAGACACGGGUAUACUCACACACACACACACACACACACACACACACACACACACACACACACACACACACACACACACACACACACACACACACACACACACACACACACACACACACACACACACACACACACGAACAGGGUGAG